AUGGACAGCGAAGGGAUCUCUGACGGUUCAACGGCUGAGCGGACAGUUGAAUUCAGAGUGAGGAAGAAUGGGAGAAAGGAUAAGGUUAUAAUUGAGAAAUCUGCGGCCGAAGGCUUACCUGAAGGAUGGAUCAAGAAGCUCGUAAUAACAAACAGAACCGGCCGUAAAAUUAGAAGAGAUCCAUUCUUCAUUGACCCUAAAAGUGAAUAUAUCUUUCAAUCCUUCAGAGAUGCAUCAAGAUAUGUCGAGACUGGCCGUAUUGGAAAUCAUGCACGUAAACUGAAGGAAAACACUAUUGAAGAUGACGCUUCUGUAAAUGGAAAGACCCCUCUUCCUUUGGAGUCUGUGGAAAAGGAGGAAAAGAUAAAUAUUUGUGUCAGAAGCAGCAAACGGAGAAACUUAUCUUCUUCUGAUGAACAUCCCGAGAAUUGCGAGUUGAAUUCAGAUUUGAGCAAUGUAACCUCACAAGUCCUUGAGGAUUUGGAGAAGGACAAGGCGAAAGAUCCUAUCGAAAAUCAGCCUGUAACGAAACGGAUUACUAGGAGCCAAGCUAAACUGAGCAAAAACGAGGAAGACCUUAAUUUAAAAAGGAAAAACCUGUCUUCAUCGAAUGGAAUACCAGAAAAAGAUUCUACAAAAUCAGGAUUAAGCAGUGCAAGUUCACCAGAUCCAGAGAAGGAAUCUAUUAUGAAGGAGGAAGGGGUACAAGAUUCUACUGAAAAAGGGAUCACUAGGAGUAAAGCUAAAGUGAAGAAGAAUGAGCUAAGUAAUAGUGUAACCCGACGAGCAUCUAAACGAUUAGCUGGUAUUGAGCUUGAACCGACGCCUGAACUGAAGACAAGAACCAAAGCUCAACGAGUUGUACCUCUUGAUGAUAGCACGGCCGGAAAGUGCACGCAACCUGUGAAUCCUGUUGCUAUCGGCGGUUUGAAGAAGACGGAUACACCCCUCAAUAAGGAAGUUGCCAAAAGCUAUAAUGAACAUUCAUCUCCAAAACCAAAUGCUGCUGCUAAAAGCAACAAUGGUGUGAGUGCAGAAAUGGAAGUGCAAAUAGAAAAGAUCAGUAAACCAGUAGGCAGAAAUGGCUCUGGAGACAAGAAGAAAAUGAAAAAGCCACUGGUGAUAUCUGAGUUCGAACUGAAUCCAGUUUUUCAUCUUGAGGGUUACAAACCGAACGAAGAAAUGUCGCCGGUGUCACCAUUGUCUCGCCAAACUUCUGCAACAAAGCGUGAGAAGACAGCACCAGGGAAAAGAUUGGGAUGGUCGCCUAAUAAAGUUACUAGUCUGAAAGCAACUGAGAUCUCGCCUUUGAGAUCAUUAAAUAAAGGCGAGCAUCCUUUUGAUAACAGCAAUGCCAUUCAUAGGAUAAAUAAAUUAAGCAAUGAUUCAUCGAAACCCUCUGUUGUUAGAGGCACAUGCUCAGAAGUGAUGGAGAAGAAUACCAGCGGCUUCUCCUCCGCAUUUGACUCGACUCUUGCAGAUCUGUGGAAAGAUCCUUGCAUCGCCUUUGCUAUCAAAACACUGACGGGAGAAUCGCUGCAUCUUCCCAACACAACAGCAACAGCAAUCUCUUCUGAUCCCAAGAACAAUCAUGCCAAGCAGGAAGGAAUUGCCUUUUUCCCAGAGACGCCCAGUAAAGUUAACACGGGGUCUGGAUUUUCAAGCGAAUUAUCGGGUGCUGAUAUCUGGAAAGACCCGUGUAUCGACUUUGCUAUAAAAACCUUGACAGGGGUAAUCCCAGUUGGGUUAGAUGAACCAGAUGCGAAAGCAAAGUCCGAGGAGAUGACAAUUACAGCAGCAACGCAAGAAGAGAAAGGUAGACAAAGCAGCUGCGAUAAUUUGGUUCAAGAGUGUAGUAAUAAUAACAUGAAGAACAAGAGUGUAGGAAAAUCUGGGGAAGUAAGGGUCACACAAUCUUUCUUCAAGGACUAA